AUGGUCGUUAAGGAAAUUAUUCAUCCUUUGUUUUUGCUGUUAGCUAGCGAGAGAAGCGCGGAAGCUAGAAUUCUGAAUUGCUGUCACCAGGCUGAAUGGAACGGACGCACCUAUGACUCAAGUGGGACGAUCAAAAUCGGAAUCGAUGAAGUUCCGCUUUACAGAUCCGUUGGCGACUCAACCAACUCCGGAAACCUGGUCUCGAUGAAUUGGGAGCGCAGUGAUGGAAAAGUUCAUCCUUCGUUAUAUGUUACAAAGCAAACUAACAUUGACGGAGAUGAUAUGAUGAUCACGGAAGAAAUAGGAAAAGCGGAAACUCAGGUUGAUGGAUCGUUAACUUGUCCCGAUCAAAUGGAAUGGAAGGAUGCUAAUGACACUGUAAUCGAGUGGAAAUGCUUGCCACCAUCUGAUGAUUGCGUGAACCAACAUGAUUUUUGCAAUGAGAUGGAGGAAGACGACAUCGCAGCAAAGUGCACAACUCUUGGCAAAAUCUGUUGCAAGACAUGUACGGAUUACAGACUUCAAAUUGAAGAAGCUUUGAGGAGCAAACAGGAUGAAAUCACUGCUGCUGCGACAGCCAACAUGCCACCGGAAGAGGAAGUACAAGAAGGCGAUGCAACAGAGGCUGAUGAUCCUGCAGAAAAAGAAUCUGCAGCAGAAGAAUCUGAAAACGAGACCGAUCCAAAUACGGAGCCUGAGCCCGAAACAAAGAAACCAGGCUCAAACGAAACUGACGAAGCUGAUACAAAGACUGACCCUGAACCGGAACCUGAAGGAAGCAAUGCGCUGGCAAUGACUUGUUCGGCAAUCAUCGUUCUAUCUCUUUUUCUGUAA